GAUCAUUAUUUUAUAUUUUUCCUUCAUUGAUACGGGAGGAUACGCUGAGGAAUAAGAAUAAUGUCCGCUAAUCUCAAAUGGAUGUGAAAUUCGACAUACAAGUAGCAGAUACUGUUAGUUGAUUUUGAUUUAAGGAAAGUACUUGGGUUUCUACAAGAACUAAAUACACAAUAUUCGAAGAGAGAACGUUGAAUAUGGUCCUGAAGCAUGGUACACAAGAAAUCGGAGUACAGGCUACAGUUCCAUGUCUUGCCCAAUGACCUGAGGAAGCAAAUAUGGCAAGAAAAUCUCAGAUUCAGGGAGCUGCGUCGAGCUGUGAAUCAAGCUGACCAUUUUUGGAGCUAUCAGCUGGUAGAAACAAGUGACUCUGAUGAUGAAGAUACUGAUCAAAGUAAAGAAGUGACCACUCUGGUUGGAGUGAAAAAAGGGCUUUCUGCAUUAACGUGUGACACUGAAAAUCUCCAAGAAGUCCCCAUUAUAAAGCAGAACAAUGGGAAAUCAGUUGCAGAGGGCAACAAAUGUAAAUUAAAGGAUACUGGUGUGCAAACAGUUGAACUGCAAGACAUUGUAUUACUCAACAAGGAGUUCAAAGACAAGAAAUUUAGCACAGUUGCUUCAAACACAGAAGAAACAAAGGUUAAAUAUGAAAGAAGUCAGAAGAAAUCAAGUUCAUCUUUUCUUCCUCCAGAAUUCACUAAACCAACUAAAGCAGUUAAAGAAUCGGAUGAUCCUGAAACUACAAAACAUAUGCGGCCAGUGAGUGCUUCUUUACAAAGAUCUUAUGAUAAAAUUAGAAGCGCAUCUCCAUGCAGAAGAUCAAGAUCUCCAAGCCCACGUUUUUCUGUGUUGUCACGGACUAGGCGCAAAUCCUACAUGGAACAGAAGCAACCAGUGUUCACUGACUUUGGAUGGAAUGAUAGUAACAGAAAUGUUGGUGAUAAGAAGACAUACAAUAUUCUUGCUCCUGAGAAAGAGGUCCAUCCCCUUGCACUACAAGCAUUAAGAAAUAGACAAAAUGAGAUUGAGGAGUGCCUUGCUCAAGAAUCCCAGGUACUAAAUGCUGACCAAACUCCAAUGAACUCGACAAACACUAGCAGCAUCUGGAUGACAGAGUACAAAGACAAGUAUUGCAGUCAGUCAAAAAUACAGAUUCAACCUCGUAGACCUGUGUCAUCACCAGCUCAGAGAUCAGUUUCAUGGACAGUGAGAUAAUUAUGAGAUACAUGGUAACAACAUGCUCAUUUUAUGUAUGAAAUGAUAUGAAGAUAAUAGCUUUGGCAGAGAAUGAGAUACCUAAAGAAAUUAAGCCUUGGACAAUAUGCACGGUUUUCUUAUGCAAUUGCUCCGGUCAUUGGAGUAGAUUGGAUUGUGUGCUGGAAAUUUAGUGUUUUGUCAGACAUUGUUAUUUGCCUCCAUCUGGAGGGUUGUCCUGUUUCUAGAAUAAAAAUUAUGAGAGUUAA